GUGGAGAGGGAGGGUGGGUGCGUUCCCGCAGCAACAGGGAAGAUGGCAGCUCUCACAUCUCUUACCCAGUUGUCAAGUGGGAACCCUGUAUAUGAGAACUUGUACAGACAGGUGGAUCCUGGGAACACAGGGAGAGUAGGACCAACAGAAGCUGCCUUGUUCUUAAAAAAGUCUGGACUCCCUGACAUUACAUUGGGAAAGAUCUGGGAUCUGGCCGAUCCCGAAGGCAAAGGCUAUCUGGACAAACAGGGGUUUUACGUAGCUCUGCGGCUGGUGGCCUGUGCUCAGAGUGGUCAGGAAGUCAGUCUGUCCAGCCUCAACCUCACAGUCCCUCCCCCAAAGUUUAAGGACACCAGCAGUCCGUCUCUAAGCAGCACAGUGUCUGCUUCCGGGGAGUUACACUGGGCUGUCAGGCCCGAGGAGAAGAGUAAAUUUGAUGGGAUUUUUGAAAGUUUGGCUCCAGUCAAUGGCCUACUGUCAGGAGAGAAGGUCAAACCAGUCCUAAUCAACUCCAAGCUACCUCUGGAUGUCCUUGGGAAGGUUUGGGACCUGAGUGACAUAGACAAAGAUGGCCAUCUAGACAAAGAUGAGUUUGCAGUGGCCAUGCACCUGGUAUACCGGGCCCUGGAGAAGGAGCCUGUUCCUGCACUCCUCCCCUCUGCCCUCGUCCCUCCAUCUAAGAGAAAGAAGAGUCUCGGCUCCGUGUCCGGCUCCGUGCCUGGACUGCCUGCAAGCCCCCCACCACCAAAAGACUCCCUGCGCUCCACCCCUUCCCACGGUAGCAUGAACUCACUCAACAGCACCGGCAGCCUGUCGCCCAAACACACGCUCAAGUCUGGACAGCAUUCUGUGACCUGGGUGGUCCCGAUGUCAGACCGCGGUCGCUAUGAUGACAUCUUCCUGAAGACUGAUGCUGAUCUGGAUGGUUUUGUCAGCGGACACGAAGUUAAGGAGAUCUUCAUGCAGUCUGGACUUUCUCAGAAUGUCCUUGCUCAUAUAUGGGCUCUGGCAGACACAAGGCAGAUAGGUAAGCUGACCAGGGAGCAGUUUGCCCUUGCCAUGCAUCUCAUCCAGCAGAAAGUCAGUAAGGGCAUUGACCCUCCACAGGCCCUGACUGCUGACAUGAUCCCCCCCUCUGAGAGAGGCACUCCUGUACCAAGUAUGUCAGGAUACAUGACCCCCGUGGGAUCAGAGAUGGCUGCUCUCUCUGAGAUGAGACGGGACAGCUCUAGUUCAGUGGGUUCAGGGGAGUUCACUGGCAUCAAGGAGUUGGAUGACAUCAGUCAGGAGAUAGCCCAGUUGCAGAGCACUCUUGCCUUUACCCAGUGGAAUACUCUCAGGGAGAAGUACACUCUAGAACAGGACAUCAGGGAGACAGAGGAGGCCAUCAGACACAAGAGUGCCGAGGUGCAGGAGAUGCAGAAUGACCUGGACAGAGAGACAGCCAGCCUGCAGGAGCUGGAGGCUCAGAAACAAGACGCCCAAGACCGCCUGGAGGAGAUGGACCAGCAGAAACAUAAACUAGAGGACAUGCUGAACGAAGUUCGGAUGAAGUGCCAGGAAGAGUCUCAGAUGAUCUCAACCCUUCAGAGUCAGAUCCACUCCCAGGAGUCAGACUUGCAGAGCCAAGAGGAAGAGCUGAGCCGGGCAAAGGCUGACCUCGGCCGGCUGCAGCAGGAGGAGAACCAGCUGGAGCAGAGCCUGGCUGCUGGCAAGAUCCAACUGGAGACCAUUAUCAAGUCUCUGAAGGCCACGCAGGAUGAGAUCAACCAGGCUCGGAGUAAGUUGUCCCAGAUUCAGGACAGCCAACAGGAAGUGUCUAAAAGCAUUGAGCAGUACAACAGCACCUUGAAUGGAACCCACGGUGGCAGUAUGACCAACCUGGCUGACAUGAGCGAGGGCUUCAGUGACAGAGAGAAUGGAGGAUUCCCAGCCAUGGUGAGGGCGGCACAGGAGGAUCCAUUCAAAGUGAAGCCAUCCGUGUUCAACAGCCAGCCUCAGGAGCCUCCCACUGACCCCUUCCACUCGGAAGACCCCUUCAAAACAGACCCAUUCAAAGGUGACCCUUUCCAAAAUGACCCUUUUGCAAAGCAGCCAUCAGCAUCCACAGAUCCUUUUGGAGGAGAUCCUUUCAAAGAGACCGAUCCAUUCAAAGCUUCGUCAGAGGAUUUCUUCAAGAAGACCACAAAGAUGGAUCCCUUUUCCACACCAGACCCCUUCAGUAAAAGUGCAACUUUACCCUCAAAGCAGACCAGUCACUUCACAAGCAAUGACCCAUUCUCUUCAAGCAACCCAAAACCCAAAGGACCAGACCUGUUUGGAACGUUGGACCCAUUUGGCAGCAGUUCGUUCAGCAACAGCAGUAACAGCUCUACUGGAUUUGCAGACUUCAGCCACAUGUCAAAGCCCAGAGACCCUUUUGAAGGCAGGGCCAGCUGGCUACCAGACUACCAGAAGACUGCCUUUGUGGACGAUCCAUUCAGCAGGAAAAAUGACACGCCAGCUCUGCCACCGAAGAAAAGUGUUCCCCCAAGACCCAAACCACCCAGUGGUAAGAGUACACCAGUGAGCAUGUCUGGCACAGCUGACCCCUCCAAACCUUGUGACCCCUUCCAGCCAUUCAGCAGCGAAGCCAUUGACCCGUUUCAGAUUAAAAAGGGCCCGGGAGACCCAUUCAGUGGCAAAGACCCUUUCGCGCCAUCCUCAGCAUCAAGUAAAGCCCCUAAAGACUCUAUCUCGGGUUUUGCAGACUUCAGUUCUGACCUGAUAAAGUCAAGUUUGGGAAUGAGGCUCAGCAGUUGGAGUGGGCUAAGCGAGAGAGCGAGCGGGCAGAGCGUGAGCGGCUGAAGAGGCUCAGACAGCAGGAGCAGGAGGACCUGGAGCUGGCCAUCGCCCUCAGCAAGGCCGAGAUGUCCAACGCGUGACCUGGAACCCCCAACAAAUACAGAUACAUAGACACACACACACACAGACAGACAGACAGACAGACAGACAGAGACACACACACACAGCGGGUAGACAGGCAAACAUGCAAACAAACAUCUAAAUAUUCAAACACAAAGCACAUCACUGCACAAACUUCUGAGUGUUCAUACAAACUCUGGUACACACACACACACACACACACACACACACACACACACACACACACACACACACACACACAGGACCUGCACCUCCACUAUUUACAUUCCCCUACACCUGAUCUGGCCACUGACACUGCAUUGUAAAACAACAUAACCGAGGGCCAAGAACUCACCACUGCAAACCUCUCCUGCUGAUAUGAAGAGGAGGAGGAUUGAUGGAAACGAACGGAUGCACUGUAUAUGCACUAUAGUGGCUAGACAGUAAUGUGAUGGAUCCAUUUACUGUACUGAGGCUUACCAUUGCUGGCAGAGCACCUCCACAGUUUCAGCGUGUUGUUUUUCUUUCCCAGCUUCACUCACAGUCGGGGAAUCACUUGCUAACAAAGCUGUUGCUAUCAGUAGCAAAAUGGCAAACAUACUUUUUUCUCUUCAGUUCUAACUAGCAGUAGUGAAGAAAAAUAAUGCUGCAAUUAAAUCUGUCGAGGUAUUUCUUAAAAGGGAUUUUUUUCCUGAUAUAUAAGGGCACAGAUAUAUCAUUGAGCUAUGGAUGGUAUAUUGUGUCAGUUAGUUUUUAGCAUUGAGUUGUUAUGCUACAAAAUGAGGUGUUAGAGAAGUAUUUGUUCAUAGAGAAGGCUGGAUUUGGCACUCCUCAGGAUUGAGAAUUAUCUUUUGUUUUUUUAAGGAAAUACUGUCACUAACCCAGACUGAGAUAAGAAGUGAGAAGGUCGUUAUUAGUUGAGUUGUUUUCACUUCUGCUGUUCUCUAACUCCCUCCCUUUGUGCUAAAAUAGACGAAAGUCUGUACUGGAGGUACAGAAAUGAAACUGAUAUUGAUCUUUCUCAUCUGAUUCAGGGUAAGUUGAGGCAUAUUUCCUCAAAUAUCAGUUUUCAUUUUAAUUUUACAGCACAGCAGGGUCUACCAUGAGACUUUCACCUGAAGUGCAGACUUGGCUGAAUUAUCAGCCAGGCAAAGCAGGCAACGCAGAAACACCAAGGGGGCCCAAAAGCUCAGGGUUCACUGUGUAGCCCUUAGUUUGUGGUCAUUUGUUUCAGUGCAAAAUUCUUAAGGAAUAUGCUGAAGCACAAUAUAAACUGAAAGGUACUACUUGCCUUAUUACCUGUUCAUGAGGUUGACUAAGUUGACUAAGACCUUUCUCAGCGACUAACAUUUUAGUCGACUAUUAGGGGACAGCCCUUGUGGAAACAAUUAGAAAACCUAAAUUGCAGACGUAUCCAAAGCCUUUAGGGCAUUGAUAUUCACUCUCCGUGUUACAAACUGAUUCGCUUUAUCUGUUUGUUUUAGUACGGAGGAGAAUGGGAGGAAUCAGCAGAGUUAUGUCCUUGAAGUAAGGGGGGACGUGUGUUUGUUAGCGGCCGUUCUCAGUUGCGAGAUCUCCAAUCAUCUGGUAUCACAAGACUACAGGCUGAGUAGUACUGAUCAUGACGUGUAAAUUGAUCUUUAUAAUUGUUAUUUGUUCAUAUUGUGUUUACAUGGUGCAUAUUCCUUAAUAAGUGUGUGCUUAAUCAAAUUUCCACAAACUAAUGGAAGAGUGGGAGAACGGGGGAGUCAACUGCAGCCAGUUUUUGCCUGAGAUUAGCAGAUUAAUCCGCUAAUCUCUGUUUUUUACCUUCAGGUUUGACCCUCGUCCCUCCUCUGGCUCAGUUGGAUAUGUUCACAUUUCACUCUUGUCACAUUAUGUGAGAAAGGAAAAAGCUCUUCAACUGCGUGAAAACUGAUCCAUGACACUGGUUCCCUCUAAUGUGACAAGUUCCUGAAAAAUGAAAAAAAUGUUUCAGAUGUCAACGUAUCCUGUGGAGUGACGGUAACAAAAUGUACAGAUAUAUUUUCUUUGUCCAUGAGUGUGAGAGUGCACUGUGGACUGCAGUACUCUCUCCCCCUCUGUCCGCUGUAUAUAGAUGAACAGAGCUAACUAUGCGUCUUCUCGACAGCUGUGCUCCGAUCCCGAUGCUGUGAUGUCAUACCACAUCUGACAAAUGAAAGGCAAGAUGAGGGAAUUUUUUUUUUUUUUUAGGGAGCGAGGAUUUUAACACAGUUUUUAUUUCACAAGCUGGUUAUUUUAUUAUUUUGACAUGUUUUUGUUUUAAAAGAACAUCCAAAUAACUGUAGUCGGUCAUAGUUUGAUGUUCCACCAUGGACUUAACCACUCACCUUGUUUUUAUAUGAGUUAUUUACUUGAAGCGGUGACUGAUGUUUGAGUCGGCCUGAAGUCAGCUCUGGACUUAUUUUCUAAAGACUUUCUGUUUCACUCAGAGCCCCUCUAUCAUGUUGUGUUUUAUAUGUGCAAGUCUGUAUUCUGUGUGUCGAUGACCAGUCAUAUGCUUCAGUCAGUGUUUUGACACAUGCAUGCCCUGCAGUUGGAUUCUGCUCCAAGCACGUGUUCUCCUAAACGUUACUUUAAAGGGUAACAUAUUGAGUUUCAAAUUUUUGGUCAAAUUUGGUAAUCAUGGGGAGGAAGAAGUCUUACACUUGGCUUAGUUAAAGCAAAGCUUGGUAAUUGUUAGUGUUCAUAAUUGAGAGCAGUUAUAACCACGAGCAGAACUUGGGUCUCAGGGACGUCAUACCUUGUAAUGCAGUGCUGGAUGUCUUCUGAUGUAACUUGUAACUAAAAAUACAAACUCCCCCUUGACAGCCUCUUUGUUCACCACCACGCUAAACAGCAGUGUGCUCAGUGCUGGCACUGGUAGCUGAAUAUAGAUCAGUGACACUGCUGCUAUAGUGAGUAGUCUUUCUUUAAUAUAGCUUCCAGCCACUGCCGCUGAGUAAAGUUCUGGUUUGUUAGCGUGUAUCAAAUCCAGCUUUAUGGCUCUGUGAUCUGUGCGUCUUCAGAACCCACCGAGAGCAUUUCAGAGGCUUGCCGCAGGUGCGUCGCAACUUCUAUUAAAAAUUAACCAGCUGCAUAUUCUCUAUGUAGCAUAUGCAUAUAGCAUAUGGCAUUGUCUAAAACAACGCAAUCAGCUCCAGUUGUCACAGCCACACCCGGUGGAUUUUGUGCAUUAGUUGUUGCUAAAUCGAUUGCCCACGAGCAGGGGCGAGUUUGUAUAUAUUCAAAUGUACAUUUCCAACAUUCUUCCCAUAACACAUUUUAUGAAUGCCUAUUUUACAGAGAUGUCUAGGUUCCAUUAGACAUCCAUCCAGGACUGUAAUACAAAACAUGAUGGUCGUGGAUUAGGGCUAGGUCUCGGUAAGAUGCUAACAAGCGGUAUCUUGAGUUGAACUCCAGAACAAACAAAUUACUUUUUAAACCAAUAACUGCACAAGCACAUUGUGAUGAAAAAUAAUUUGUAACUACUAAGACAGCAUGUAAACCCUGUCUUGGUGUUGGAUCACAGCAGGCUCUGGAUAAGGCUUUGCCCUGACUUGUACGACAAGAUAAUCUUGUGUUAUUUAGUGUUAUAUUUGGUUCUGCAGUUGCCACAUUGAACAAGAUGAUGGUUAUAAGGAGGUCAAUAGCAUGGCGAACAACAAUUCCCCCGUCCCUCUAGAUACUAUACCUGUGUGGAACUGCCUUUCUGGGGGUAAAAAUGCUAAGAAUCCAUGAAAUGUGAAUUCAUCCAAAUAGAACAGAAAUCCUGGAGUUAAAGUUGAUGUGCAGUAACUAAUUCUGCCAGAUAGAAAUGUGAACUGCCUCUCCCUGCCAUUUUGUGUCUUGUUUACAUAUCAUGAAGAUUUACUUUGCUGUAGCUGUUACAACUGUGUAGCUGUAGGCGAGCAGUGUUCCGGGUGUGAGCUUCUCUAAGCUGUACACGGCUGACAGCCUCCAGUUUCCAUCUACUUCUGAGCCAUUUAAAGCAUAUUUGCAUUUUGAAACUCUGCCAUUCACCUGUUACGCUGUAGUGAAAAUGUAAACUCAUGAGGAACUUCAUAUCGUCGGCUUUCAUCCUUCAUUGAAACCAAAGGGUGUUUUCAGCUGUCAGCUAACAAGCUAGCUUGUUAUUAUCCGCCACCCAACAGUUUUGAUAAGGAAUGCUGACAUGUAAAUCUUAAAAAGAAAGGUUGAAUCUAUUCAUUUCCCUAUACUUCAUAAAACAAGAAACGUUAAUAUUCAUUCCUAGCAAGUCGACACUUAAUUUCCCAUAUCUACUUUGUUUGAACCAAGAAGCAGAAGAGAACCAUGAAGAACUAAUGUUAUGUUACUGAGCGCCAUUUGGAAAACAAUACCAAGGGUAAUUUUGUUCAGUUCAUUAUGUUAAAAUGGUAUUACAUUUGGUGGAGACUCGUUAUGACAUUAUGAUUAGGACUUGAAACUCAAAGUUUUGGUCUUGGGACUUGAGUGCAAAGAAUUGAGACUUACUUGUGACUUUCAAAACAAUUUGGCCCCUCCUUUGCAGAUAUAUAAUAUUUAUAUAAGUUGUAUCUUAAACAGACGCUAAUGUUAACAUUAUAUAACAUAACAUGCUGCUAACUGGCAGCUCACAAGGUAGCAGCUAUUAACCAUUAGUUUAUUAUGAAUGGCAUUGGUAACAAAGUAAUUUCCAGUGAACUAAAGAGCUACCAACUUGUUCACAACAAUGUGACAGGCACCUUGGGCACCAAAAUAUGUCCCCUUAAAUCUGGUCUCAGUGGGUCUGUUUUAAUCACAGCUGGAUGGCUCAGCUGCAUUUUGAAAGCAACCCCUUCGUGAAACAUGGGAACAGAAAUCUAUCAUGUGGAAUAGAUCUGAGUGUCACAGGAUGCAAUGGUACCUUCUGCUUUGGGAGGUUUGGGCUACUUAUGAUAUCUUCACACAGUAUAAAUGACAUCUAGGAAGCAGAGGGCUUUGUAGAAAAUGUGUCCUAUGGACAGCAUUUGACAUACCUCAUGUGACAGCGCCAGACAGUCAUUAUUGGAAACUUUUUGGAAAAGGGCAGGCACUUGAUGAAUCAUCUGUCUAUCACCUUCUAACACAGGCGAACUUACAAUCAGAUCAACAUGUAACUCAUGAUUACCUACCAGUAUUUCCUCAUCGGACGAUGAUUGGUCCAGUACCACUGUGGUUGAACAUGAUGGAUUCUCAAGUGAUUUCAUAAUCUCUAAAGUCCAUCAAGGUUACAUAGUCAGUCCCUCCAGGAAAUUGUGAACGCAGCACUUAACACAAAUUCAACCACCCCACCCCCCCACCCCGAAUUCUGCGACCUUAAAAUUUUGUCCAAUCCUCAGAUUUGACCAAUCGUAGUUUCCCAUAAGUUUCAUUAAUCAUAGCAGUACUCUCCCAAAAUGUUGACCUCCCAGAAGCAGAACUUAGUACUUGAAUAUAUGAAAACCUUAACAAGAAACAAUGAACUGAAGGUGGGCUUUAUUACUUUCUUACUACUUUAUUAGCUUUCAACCACGUCUCACCGUCAAAAGCUCAGGAAAAGGUUUUUGGUCAAACUACUGUUUCCAAGGUCACGAAUGAAUAUUGUUGAAUAGAAAAACUGUUUUUUGCCAACACGCUCACUGAGAAGUGAGCCCUAGUGGCAGUACAAUACCUGAGUUUUGGUAAUGUUACAACAACAAUAUAUUUUCUGAAAUCCUUUUCAGAAGAAGAAUAUGCCCAAAAUAUUAAAUGUAUGUACAAAAUGUAAAAUUAGUCAAAUGAAACCAGGAACUAUUGGAUCAAGGAAUCAGAUGCAGCUUAAUGAAUGUGACAGAUAUGUGAUGGUACUCUUCGACACUUGCUGCUGCAGCCACAUUUCAGCCGGUACCAAAAUGUGCUGACACUUGAUCCCCAGCCCACUGCCAACUGUGACCCUCCAUCUGUUCCUCAUGUGUUUCUGCUUGUCUGCAGUGUACUCCUUAGAGCCAUAAGCUUAUCAUUCAUACUGUAUUUGUCAUCUGAUAUCUCCAUUGUGCAAUAGAUAAUGUUUAUUUUUAUUGUUUUGUGUAUCCUGUGAAACCAGUGUGAUGUUUUUGAUAUGUAGCAUAUGUUUUUAAUAUGAUUAUUUAAGCACCUGCAACCACCCCCUCCUCUGUCCCAACUUUGCUUUGGUUUCAUUCCAUUACCUGCAGAAUCUACAAACCUUUCAUUCCAAAAUUCUUUUUAUCUAUUUCAGGGAAAGAAAGUGGUCAAGACGAUGCUCAUUACUUAACAAGAAAUGUUAGCAUCAUAUAAAGAAAUCUUUAUUCAAUGACAGCUGAAAACUAUCAAGAUUUACAAUUUAAAACUUUAGUUUUAAUAUGCAUUUUAUUUCUCAAAAUGGUGGCAUGAAGCCUUUGUCUUUACUGAUGCUUGAUAGUUAGCAAAAAUGAUGUUGGGGGACUUGUUUCAUUCUUUGUUCACUUAACCUUUUUCUUCUCUGAAGCUUUUUUUUCUGCCUUCAACUGCCCUUUCCUCCCAUGUAGGCAAAAUAAUCUGAUUGUCUGUAUUAAGAUGCAUACAAUGUGUAUACAGUCUGUAUAGUAUCAUGUCUGUUAUAUUUGUCCCAUAAAAAGUGAAGACGAAGAAGAAAAAGUAAACUUAAAAAAGAACCAUUCGGAGGAUUGCUCACAGUUACACUAAAAGCUGAGGAGAGAACAGAUGCUGGUUUAUUUUGAACAGUGAUCCUCUCUAUAUGGUCUGUAAUGUUUACUAGAAUAAAUAUUUCAGUUACAUGAAAA